AACAUUCCAUGAUAUAAGUUACAAAGUUAAUCGCGAAAAAAUAUAUUUAUUUUUUAUAGAAAGUGUAGAUAAAAUAUUGUUUGUAGAUAUAAUGUGUAUUAUAUAUAUAAGUAAAAAUUAUUGUGUAACAUAAAUACCUGAAUCGUAUAAAUUGAUAAUUAGUGAUUAAUAAGAAACAUAUAAAGUCAGUGAUUUUUCUUCAAGGAAGAUUAGUAACUAGUGUGCAGAGUAAAGAUUUUACGUUUUAUCUAUCAAGAAAUUAGAAAUAUUUUUUCUGCAAAAAUAGGUUUUUUAAAAAUGGUCACUGGACGAGCACUUCAUUUUGUAUUUAAAAUACCAGAUCGAAAAUUAACAAUUAAAUUUUAUCGAGAAAUUCUUGGAAUGAAGGUAUUACGACAUGAGGAAUUUGCUGAAGGUUGCGAAGCGGCUUGUAAUGGACCAUAUGGAAAUAGAUGGAGCAAAACUAUGAUAGGAUAUGGAACAGAAGAUACUCAUUUUGUAAUAGAAUUAACUUAUAAUUAUGGGAUUAAGGAAUAUAAAAUGGGAAAUGAUUUUAAUGGAAUAACAAUUCGAUCUAAAGAAGCACUACAAAGAGCACAUUCAGAUGGGUGGCCAAUAAAAGAAGAAAAUGGAAUAUUUGUUUUACAAGCACCUGGUGGUUACAAAUAUUAUGUUAUUGAUGAAUCACAACCCAAAAAUAAAGAUCCUAUUGAAAAAGUAACUUUGUUUAGUUCAAAUCUUCAAAAAACUAUUGCUUAUUGGAAAAAUAUUUUAGAAUUAAAAAUAUUUAAUCAAACUGAGAAAAGUGUACUGUUAGGAUAUGAUGAAGAUCAAGCAAAAAUUGAAUUUAUAGAUAUUGGUACUGAAAUUAAUCAUGCUGCAGCUUAUGGACGCAUAGCAUUUUCAAUUCCUUAUGCAGAACAACCAGAAAUUCAAAAGAAAAUUAAAGAUAAUGGAUAUGAAAUAUUAACUGAUUUAAUCACUUUAGAUACUCCAGGAAAAUCUUCUGUAAGAGUAAUUAUUCUUGCUGAUCCAGAUGGUCAUGAAAUUUGCUUUGUAGAUGAUGAAGCAUUUCGACAAUUAUCAAUUCCAGACUAUGCCAGUGAAGCAGUUUUAAAUAGAUAUAUUGCAAAAGAAAAAUAAAAAAUUAAGUUAAUUUUUUAAAAAA